AUGAACGACAAGGCUGUGGUUACGACCCCUAAUGCGACGUGGCUGCCCGAAUUCCCCGUCGCGUCUCCAGGCGAGAUCUGCACGCGAGUCGACGGCCGGUGGGGUCCGCAGGAAUACUCGUUGUGGCCCCAGCUGUAUCAUAAACGAGUCUUACAUCACGCGUGCAUCCCUGUGCAGGGAGCACUAAUAGACGGCCUGAAGUUCCAAGCUGACGAUCUGUACGACCACGUAGCUUGGAAUGAAUGGCAGGUCUGCAAAGAGUGUGGGGUUCCCGACCUCGGUUACAUUGACAAGGGCUCGAUAACGCUUCUCAAAGGCGUAGCUGCCCACAUCGGCGUCACGUAUCACAUGUCCACGCUUGCUCAACGGGAGGACCGCCAGAAGUUCGGAAAACAUCUGAUCGCGACUGUCGAUCAAGCCCUCGACCAACUCUCAAUCCUACCCAUGAUCCGGGCCCAUGCCAUCGCCCUCGCUGCGCACGUCAAGCGGCUCCUGCUAGAACUAUGCGGCCUCAUCGUGCUGUACGAGAUUGUGCAACCGCGUGCUCUCGAUCCGGCCUUCGUCGCGAAGAAGGCUCUGCCUAUUCGGGGCGCGUUCACCAACGACGCUGGGACGACGCAGGUUUUGUUUCGGCUCGGCAUUCCCGUUUGGUUUAUCCAGACGCUGACUCGAUCGUUGCGCGUCGUCGAGGUCCACACGUACUCGACCCCAAUCUCCUCGCGCAUGAGCGACGAGUUGUCCCAGCCUCGCUUGCAUAGCGACGGUGGUGAUCUCGCAGGCGUCGUGCAGCACCCUGGAGACUGGCCAUUCGCGAUGCAGCGGGAGGUCCUCAAGACACUACUGGAUAUCAAGAUCUCCCCGUUGCCCAACCAGCAACCAAUCGCGGCCGACGGGGCCUCGGACGCUCGGCCAGCCAAGAAGGUCAAGACAUCCCCCGAUGUGCAUCUCGAUCGAGGGCGUACCGAACAAUCGGGCAGCUCGUCACGCCGCACGCGCCGGGGUAAACGCGCCGCACCGGAGUUACCCCCGCCACACCCGUCGCUACGGUACCAGUCGCCGCACACAAGUGUUGUGCCUGGCGCCUGGGAAGUCGUUCUGGUCGCGGCCGGGACCUUGCCUUCGCCGCCAUCACCCGCCACGUAUUACUGGCCGCCGCCCUUCUUGUUUGAAGGAGGUGGCGGCAAAUCCAAUCGCUACUACCAUAACUACAUCCGCAUCCGCCAGUUCUGCCGCCAGCGCCUUCUUGAUCGAACCGUGGGAGCCGAGCCGUUGCGCAUCUCAGAAUGGCGCGAUGCUCUGUGGGGGGACUACCGCACCCAGCCCGCCGACGUUCCAUCCGAAGAUUCGUCGACCAGGGGCAAGGAGCGCAAACAGAUCCAGCAAAACGUGCGCCGGCUCUUUGGAAACACUGCGGGUCUAGCCACGUACACGGCUGCCCUAACCCCACAGUGGGGUCAAGUUACUGUGAGCGAGAACACUGCGAAAGACCCCGCCCUGCAUGCGCAAGUGCUCUGGGAGGCCCACGAGAUCAACUGGCGAUGCGAAGUACGCGCCCUCGACGCCGAGCUGACGCGUUCCCGCGACUGGGACGUCCUGACACGAUGGGAGCGCGAGGCCCGAGUGUGCCGCCUCUGGAGCGGCAUCGGCUCAGGGCUCCGCGUCAUCCCUCGUUGGGAGAGUGGGGAGACGACCCGCGCACGCUGGGACUCUCCUGACGAGAGUGGUUGGCGUGAGGCACGCUCAACCCUGUCGGAGCUUGUGGGCGUCAUGGCUCGGUGGCCGGGACUUCCUGAAGAGCUCAAGGGCAUCGCCGACGAGAUAGUAGAGUACCCCGCGGACAAAUUCCGAGUUGUUCAGCGUGCCGCAUUACAAUUCUACGUGCGCACGUUCACUAAUGUCUUCAAGCGUCUUCCAAUUCCCCCCGCUGUGCUGCCGACGAAAUGGGUGUAA